AUGUCGCACACUGGACCCCCUCCACGAUGGCGCAAUUGUCCCAGGAGAGGGCAGCCUGUUGCAGGUAAAUUCCUGCCAAUGAAAACAAUGCUGGGUCCCAGAUAUGAUGACCAGGUUGCAGAGGAGAACAGAUUUCAUCCGAGCAUGCUGUCCAACUAUUUAAAAAGUCUAAAAGUAAAAAUGGGUUUGCUUGUGGAUUUGACGAACACUACUCGCUUCUAUGAGCGUAGCGACAUUGAGAAGGAGGGAGUUAAAUAUGUGAAGCUCCAGUGUAAAGGGCAUGGAGAAUGCCCCUCAAAGGAAACAACUGGAACGUUCAUCAGGCUCUGCGAGGAUUUCAUUGAGAAGAAUCCCACAGAAUUAAUAGGUGUUCACUGCACACAUGGCUUCAACCGCACCGGUUUCCUCAUAUCUGCGUACCUGGUGGAGAAGAUGGAUUGGAGCGUGGAGGCGGCCGUGGCCGCUUUUGCCCAGGCCCGGGCCCCGGGAAUCUACAAGGGAGACUACCUCAAAGAGCUCUUUCGUCGCUACGGCGACGAGGAGGACACGCCUCCGCCCCCCCCGCUGCCCGAGUGGUGCUUCGACGAUGACGACGGGGAGGUGGACGACGACGGCAACGCGGUCAGCCAGGAGUCGGGCCCCAGCUCCUCGGGGUCAGCGCCCGGCAAAAGGAGGAAAGAGAAGCUAAAACUGGGUGCGGUAUUCCUUGAAGGCAUCACGGUGAAAGGCGUCACGCAGGUCACCACCCAACCCAAGUUAGGGGAGGUCCAAAGAAUGUGUCAAGAGAUGGCGGAGUGGGAUAAGUCUGGAUUUCCCGGUGCACAGCCCGUGUCCAUGGACAGACAAAACAUCCGCUUCCUUGAGCAGCACCCCUACAAAGUCAGCUGGAAAGCUGACGGCACA